UGCAAGUUGCAAGUCUGUGCGUUUGUGCUGGUUCAGCGAAGGCAGAGAGUCAAAGGCUCACAGAGACAAGGAAAAGAGAGAGUGAUGAACGACCUCUCUGAUUCAGCUCUAGAAGACCAGCACUGCUGUACUUGCAAUCCCAUUCCUCCUCUAUUUCUCUACGUUCUCAUACCCAUCUUCCUUCUGGGCCUUGCUGUCUCCGUUUUCAUACUCAUUGCGGUCCACAACGCCCUCUUCUUUGUGUCCUUGCUUGUGCUCUCGGCUCUGGUCCUUGCCUUCAUAGUCUGGAACACCCUUCAGUGGAAGAGCAAUGGGGCAAUUCUUUUCUUUCUUCGCUCUCUUCCUCAGUCUGACCUUAGGAUGGCUCGUGAGGGACAGCUCGUUAAGAUCACUGGGCUUGCAUCAUGUGGGAGUGUUGCCCUGGAAUCUUCCUAUGAAAAGGCUACCAGAUGUAUCUAUGCAUCUACUCUUUUGUAUGAGUACCGAGGAUUUGAUCUCACACCAGUGAAUCUUAAGAAAUCAUGCUUUCAAUGGAGUUUAGCAUAUUGUGAGAGGUCCGCCACCGACUUUUACAUAACUGACAGGAAGUCUGGUGUCAGAGCUCUGGUGAAAGCUGGUUCUGAUUGUAAAGUUAUUCCUUUGGUCAUUGAGAGCAAACUUGUGAAUAUUACCAGACGAUGCAGAACCUUAUCUCCUGAUCUGAGGAAAUGGUUAAGAGACAAAAACCUCUCAGAAGAAGCCCGUUUACUACGUCUUGAAGAAGGGUAUGUCCAGGAAGGCAGCUCUGUGACUGUAAUUGGAAUGUUGCAUCGAAAUAAUGAUAUAGUGAUGAUUAUUCAACCCCCAGAGGUCAUCUCCACAGGAUGUCUCUGGCGAAAGCUUCUUCUUCCAGUUGACAUUGAUGGAUUGAUCCUACAGGUCUCUCAGAUGGCUGGCCUUGUGUCAAACCAAGAGUCUACACAACAAACAGCAUGGUAAUACUAAUGCCUGACGUAUGAACUAAUUAGGAGUUUGCUGUAUUUUAUAUUUCAGAUGAAACUUUCUGUAGAAAUUUUUCCCUUAUAAUUUAGAUUUUAGUUCUUCUGAAUUUUCUGUCACCAUGUACCUUUGCCUGCUCUAAUUAUUUCUUGUUCUGACUUCA